CGCGGCCCUUUGGAGCGGGGGCGUGGGGAGAGGCGAGGCGAGGCCAGCCGGGGGCUAUAAGAGCUCCGCCAGCCCCACGGAGAGCCGCGGGGAGCUCGUCCUCGCAGGCUGCGGCGCGGUCGCAGAGGAGUUUCUCCUCGGGUGAAACAACUUGGCUGGGGGUUUGCGGCGGCGGCGGCUGACAUCUGGCUGCGUGGAUGCGUGCGGGUGUCUGGCAGGCAGUUACACUUGCGGGAGGGGGGUUUCCAUCCCCUCUGGGGCAGUGAGGCUCUGCGAACAGGUAGAGCCGCCACAUAAAGUUACUUUUGUAGGAAGCUGAAGGACUUUUUUGUCAUCAUCUGAUAAAGGAGAUAAAAUUGUUGAGAAUCACACGUCUGGUUAGUGACAGAGCCAGGAACAGAACAUGGGUUUUGUGAUCAUCACUUCGGCAGAUCGCUCCUGUAGAGAGGGAGGGCAGGUCUUGCCUGUACAUCCGCGCUCAUCUGAGAAGAUGGUGUUUCGGAAACCACCAGAUGGUGGCUGGGGCUGGGUGAUUGUUGUUGUUUCCUUCUUUACUCAGUUCUUAUGUUACGGAUCACCGCUGGCGGUGGGAGUCUUGUAUUUAGAAUGGCUGGAUGCGUUUGGAGAAGGGAAAGGCAAGACUGCUUGGGUUGGAUCACUAGCAAAUGGAAUCGGAUUGCUUGCCAGUCCUGUCUGCAGUAUAUGUGUAUCAUCUUUUGGAGCGAGACCAGUAGCAAUCUUCAGUGGCUUUAUGGUGGCCGGGGGCCUCAUGAUGAGCAGUUUUGCACCUAACAUAUACUUUCUAUAUAUUUCAUAUGGGAUUGUUGUUGGGCUUGGGUGUGGCCUUUUGUAUACCGCAACAGUUACCAUCACUUGCCACUAUUUUGACAAACGCAGAGGCCUUGCUCUUGGUCUGAUUUCAACAGGCUCAAGUGUUGGACUCUUUAUAUACGCAGCAUUGCAAAGAGAGCUUAUUGAUCUGUAUGGACUGGAUGGUUGUCUGCUAAUAGUCGGUGCACUGUCUCUAAAUAUAUUAGCAUGUGGCAGCCUAAUGAGACCACUGGAGUCAUCUGAUUCUCCUCCACCAGAAAAAACGGGUGUAGACAAAGUCCCAGAUCAAUAUUUUGUUUACCAUGAAAAAGAAAAGACUGUUGAAGAAAAUAUAAGCAUCCUUGAAAAGGGCUAUGUUGAUGAAAAAUGUGUGAACAGUAUGCCUGACUACAAACAGGAUAGCAUUUUAAGUAAGAAUGUAUUAAACUCAAUAAAUGUAAAUGAGAAAGACACUUACAAAAAGAAAGUUGUAGAACAGACAAACUUCUGCAAGCAACUCGCCAAAAGGAAGUGGCAGCUCUAUUUGAACUACUGGGAGGAAACCAUGGUUCUUUUUAAGAACAAAGUAUUUUCAGCUCUCUUUGUUGCCAUCUUGCUCUUUGAUAUUGGUGGAUUUCCUCCUUCGCUGCUCAUGGAAGAUGUAGCAAGAAGUGCAGGCAUUAAUGAGGAUGACUAUCACAUGCCCCUUAUUUCUAUUAUAGGCAUUAUGACUGCUGUUGGCAAACUUACUUUAGGAAUACUGGCAGAUUUUAAGUGGGUUAACACUUUAUAUCUAUAUGUAACUACCUUACUAAUGACAGGAGUGGCCUUGUUUGCAAUUCCAUUUGCCAAAAGUUACCUUACGUUAGCGAUGCUUUCUGGGAUUUUGGGUUUUCUGACUGGGAACUGGUCAAUUUUUCCAUAUGUAACGACAAAGACUGUGGGAAUUGAGAAGCUGACUCACGCAUAUGGGAUAUUGAUGUUCUUUGCUGGACUUGGAAAUAGCCUCGGACCACCAAUUGUAGGUUGGUUUUACGACUGGACGCAGGAGUAUGACACUGCGUUCUAUUUCAGUGGCUUUUGUGUCUUACUGGGUGGAUUUCUUCUGCUGUUGGCAGCGUUACCCUGCUGGAAUGCCUGUACCAAUCAGAGCUCAAAGCUGCCUCCAAAUACUUACUCCUACAAAGUUGCAUCUAGUGCUUAGGUGACAACCGGAAAACACUUUGUGCUUUUUUUUAUAUUAUAUAGUGAAGUAUUUUAGUAAUUUUUCCACUUAUUUAUGAAGCCCAAAAAUUCUUUCCCACUAAAAAAAAAAAAAAAAUCCAUUGUUGCUUGUUGUUCAGUUCCUUUUUCUUUUAUUUCUGUUUUAUUUUAUUUUUAAGAACAGUCUUAUUUUGUCUACUAUGCACUGUAUUUUCAGCCUUUGUCUACUGUAAUUUCCUUUUAUGCUGUAAGGGGUAUAUUCUGCUGUAUUAUCAGCCCUACUGUUUUUUGGGGUUUUUUGUUUUUUUUAAGGGAGGGGUGCUAUGAAGGGGUGAAACCUUUGAAG